CUCAGAAAAAUACAGGGCUGCAGUACUGAGAUGAGAAAGCAAAAUGAAAGCUCUGUGGUUGAAUUCAUACUGUUGGGCUUUUCUAAUUUUCCUGAUCUCCAAGAACAGAUGUUUGGUGCUUUUUUGGUGAUUUAUCUGAUGACCCUGGUGGGAAAUACCAUCAUUAUGGCUGCCAUCCUGCUGGACCAGUGUCUCCAUGUCCCCAUGUACCUGUUCCUGCAGAACUUAUCCAUGGUGGAAGUGGCUUUCAGUGCAACCAUCAUGCCUGAAAUGUUGGUGGUCUUGUCCACCAAGAAAACGACCAUCUCCUUUGCUGGCUGUUUUGCACAGAUGUAUUUCAUUCUUCUUUUUGGUGGGACUGAAUGUUUUCUCCUGGGAGCAAUGGCUUAUGACAGAUAUGCUGCAAUCUGCCAUCCUCUGACCUACCCGGUGAUUAUGGACAGAAGGGUUUUUGUGAAAUUAGUGAUGUUCUCGUGGGUCUCGGGGAUCAUGGUGGCUACUGUGCAGACAACAUGGGUAUUUAGUUUUCCCUUUUGUGGAUCCAAUGAAAUCAAUCAUCUCUUCUGUGAGACUCCCCCAGUACUGGAGCUUGUAUGUGCAGACAUCUUCCUGUUUGAAAUCUAUGCCUUCACAGGUACUAUUUUGAUUGUCAUGGUUCCCUUCCUGUUGAUCCUUUUGUCUUACAUUCGAAUUCUAUUUGCUGUUUUGAAGAUGCCAUCAAACACUGGGAGGCAAAAGGCCUUUUCAACCUGUGCCUCUCAUCUCACGUCAGUCACCCUCUUCUAUGGCACAGCCAGUAUGACUUAUUUACAGCCCAAAUCCAAGUAUUCACCAGACAUCAAGAAAGUGAUGUCAUUGGCUUACUCUCUGCUUACACCUCUGCUGAACCCACUUAUCUACAGCCUGAGAAACAAUGAGAUGAAAAGGGCUUUAAUGAAAUUAUGGCAAAGAAAAGUGGCUUUACACACAGUCUGA